AUGGUGAUUUUGUUUCUCAUUCCUGGCGGACUGACUGCCUCAACCAUGGAUAUCAGUAUUCCGUUCAUAUUGAACUCUAAUCCCUGUCUUGUGGAUCCCUCUAUAUGUUUUGAAGUUCCCUCUGCCCCGCGGAAUCUUCGACUCAAUCAACUGCGACGAGCUCUCCCUCCGGGGUUGACCGAUCCCAGUGCCGAAUUUGCGGUCCUCGAAUUGGCAUGGGACCCACCUGAACGAAGCCAUGGCGAUUUAAGGGGCUAUCAGGUGUCUCAUCGACUCAUCGGUCCCCCGGAUUUGAUCUAUUCACAAAGAGGCGCCGCUGAGCUGGGACCGCAAAAGCCAAUCAAACGGAACGUCACUCAGACAGCUUACACUUCGACACUAGCGGAUGGACUAAGUAAGUACUCCCAGUACUGA